CCCCCCCGGCUGUGCUUGAGGAGCAAAUGCAGCUGACUCCGCCCCUCUCUCCUCCCAGGGACCCCGGCGCGCAGCCUGGGGGCGAGCUGAUGCUGGGCGGCACGGACUCCAAGUACUACAAGGGCUCCCUGUCCUUCCUCAACGUCACCCGCAAGGCCUACUGGCAGGUCCACAUGGAGCAGGUGGAUGUGGGCAGCAGCCUGACUCUCUGCAAGGGGGGCUGCGAGGCCAUCCUGGACACGGGCACCUCCCUCAUCGUGGGCCCCGUGGACGAGGUGCGCGAGCUGCAGAAGGCCAUCGGGGCCGUGCCGCUGAUCCAGGGCGAGUACAUGAUCCCCUGUGAGAAGGUGUCCACCCUGCCCAAGGUCACCCUGAAGCUGGGCAGCAAUCCUUACACGCUGUCCUCAGAGGACUACACGCUCAAGGUGUCGCAGGGCGGGAAGACCAUCUGUCUGAGCGGCUUCAUGGGCAUGGACAUCCCCCCGCCCGGUGGGCCGCUCUGGAUCCUGGGUGACGUCUUCAUCGGUCGUUACUACACUGUGUUCGACCGGGACCAGAACCGCGUGGGCCUGGCCGAGGCCACCAGGCUGUAGCCACCCGCCCGCUGGGGAGGAAGGAGUCCAGCAGGAGGCCGGCUACCCCCGCCCUCCCAGCCGCCCCUGCCACACACACUCACGCUCAAACUCACACUCACAACCCAGCUCAGCAGGCGCCGGCCUGCCGGGCCUGCCGUUUCGUUCUGUGGUUUUCCCCAGCCCUGGUUGCAGAAAUGCCGCCCGCCUGUCUGCCUGUCUUGUGUGUCUGUCUAAUGGAGGGGCAGGGUGCGGGACAGCCAGUAGGCUGAUCCAGAGUGUGGAGCCACUUCAGUACCUUGGAAGCCCAGCCUGGCCUGGCAGCCCAUCCGUUGCGCAUCCCAGGACCACCCUCCCCCACCCACCCCCAGCCUGUGUCUCAGGGGCCUGGCUGCCCAGCCAGGACCUCUGGACUGAGCCCCCACCCCGAGCCAGGCUGUUCUCUGGGCUCCGCUGCCGCCUGGCCUGGGGUCUGGAGCUGGGCGCUGCCGGCCCCCCUAUCUUCCUGUGUGGGCCCAUCGAGGAAGGGGCCAGCUCAGGCCUGAGGACAAGCAGGAAGGACUUGGAAGGGUCGGGACUCAGAGACAAAAGCCAGCCUUGUGACGCCUUGGGGGUCAUCCUGGGGCUCGACCCCAUCCAGGAGGGCAUUCGCUGGUCCAGGGUCAGGGAAGAAGGGGAGGAGGGGGCCUGGUGCCACCUUCUCUGCAGCUGCUCCUCUCUUGAGCGACCGGGAGCCAAAGUUGACACGGAAAUACAGUUGUUUGGGCCUCUUU